GGCCCUGGUGGGAGCACGUAUGGCCGCGGCAGGGCCUGUCGGCACGAGCCUGCGGUGCCGCCUCAAAAUCCAUUAUUAUGGAUGGAGACAAGGCGCAUGACAGAGUUGUGGUACAUGUGGGCAGCCACCUUGAAGAUGCUGUAACAUUUUGGGUACAGAAUAUCAGUAGAUGUGAUGACCUCUUCAAAUAAAGUUGUGAGCUGGCAGAUGCUUGUCCUAAAGCUAAUGCAGGUUUUGGCAAACCUGAUUUUGGUAAGAUACAUGGUGGCUGUUUUUCUGAAGACAGAUGUUGGUACAGGUGUAUGGUACAGCAAGUGAUCAGCAAUGAAAAAUGUCAGGUAUUAUACAUAGACUAUGGAAAUUAUGAGGUUCUGAAUAGAUCAGACAUAGUGGAAAUUCCACUGGAUUUGCAGUGUCCGAGCAUUGCCAAGAAGUACAGACUCCAGGGACGGCAGAUAACGGCUGAUCAGAAUGUAAACAUGUUUGAUGAGGGGAAGAAGUUGUUGAGCAGCCUAGUUUUUGAAAAAGAAAGAAAAAUACGUCACAAAGCCAAAUUCGAAGAUGGUGCCAUUAUUGCCCAGGCAGAACAUGAAAAGAUUGGAGAAGAGGUGGCCAAGGCAGGGUUUGAUCAAAGAUGCACAUCUCCAGGGUACACUAAAGAGGCAGAAGAGAAAAAAGCAGAUGUCAUGCAAAUGCAGAAUCGAAAGAUGAAGAUUUCGGUUCUGCUGUGGUUAAACAGGUCUGAUCACACGAUGCACAGUUCCCCAAGAGGGCAUGUUCAGCAAGGACCUGCUGGCACCAGGAACUGGAGUUUUCCUGGAGACUGGAUGUUUGCCCCAAAGGAAAAGGUACUAGCUUUCACCUCAGUGCCAGACACCAGCUUGGCACAUGUAAGACCAGAUCAGAAGCUGCCUGAAGAGAAAGAAGUUCUGAGAAGGGAGAAUCUGGAUCUCUUGCAGAGGCAGAAGGAGCUAGAGUUGAAGGUUCAAAAGCUUAAAUGUGAGCUUCAGAAAGAAAAGGAAGUGUCUAGGAAAACUACUGAAAGUUUUGAGAAGACCCUGCAUACUUACAUAGGAACAAAAAUGGGAAGCUUGGCCGCUAAGGUGAAGGCACUGAAAGAAGUUAGGCAUACAAAUAAGAGCAGUCAUUCUGGGGAGCAGCUGUUGGAAGCCAUGAAGGUGGUUACAGAAGCAUGUCUCACGAAGAAGAUUUGGACAGAGUAUGACUUGGCUCAAUAAAGGAUUCAGUUAUGCACAAAUGUGGAUGAAAGAGAUGAAUUGAUCAGUAAGAGAGAUGAGGUGCAGCAGAAUUUGUAUUCAGCAGUGAAAGAAUUAAUUUUGGAAAUGGAUCAGCUGCCUCUCUUGGAGCGCUCAAGAAUGUUACAGAACUGUGCUUCUCUGGAGAUGUAUGAUCAAGGUUCUGAAGCAGGUGACUCUGAGGAGGUAUUUGAAGAGUUCUUGUAA